AUGGGUGAACAUAACCAGUGUAAUGUGGCCAAUGUAAAUGAUGGAGAAGCAUAUUUGGACACAGGUAAGGGAGCAUUGUUGACCGAGUUACAGUUGACGGCAUUGAGAGGCCCCUUUGAAUAUAAGGUGCAAUUCUCUUGCACCAAGAGGUUUCUUGUGGUUUGUUGUCAACGUCCAUGCCCAUGGCAGGUCCGAUCAUCGAGAAUUGGAGAAUACAACUUCAUGAUUGUGAGGUGUACAGCUGUCCAUGAAUGUGAUUUGAGGUUUGUAAAUAACAACCAUCAUCAAGCAACCGCAACACUUGUAGCCACUUCAUUGAAAAGGAAGUUGAAGGAUUCUUGGACAAUAUACACACCAACUGACAUAAUGAGAGAUGUCAAACACAACUUUGGUUUGACCAUCCAUUAUUCGAAAGCUUGGAAAGCGAGGGAGUUAGCUCUAAUGUCCAUUAGAUGA